AUGACGGACUUGGAGCAGCUUCGAAGGGAGAAUAUCAAGAGAAACCAAGGGUUACUUAAAAAACUUAAUCUUGACGCGUUAAACAAGUCAAUUGCUGACGAUGUGCGUGUGAAGAAAGAACAAGGCAGGCCCAAGAGGAAACCAAAGGCUACUCCCAAAGAACCUUCCUUACCCACUAGAAGAUCCAGAAGACUAGCUGCUCCAUCUGAAUGGACUGAAGAGGAACAAAAGAUCAAUCUUGAGGAAGAACGUGCUCGUGAAAGACAAGAGAAACUCAAAACACUAAGGCUGUUGAAGCUCACAGGCGACUUCACGCUAGGCGACUUGAUCCUCGAUCGCCAACUGGGGCAUCUCAAGCAUGAAGGACGCGUUUUGGCUGAUAAAUUAGAAGAUGAACCUGCUGUAAAGAAGGAGGAGGAAGAUGGAGACGUGACGGAAGUCAAACAGGAGGAUGAAGAUCAGGAUAUGGAUAAUGAGAACUUAGACUUCCUUCUCAACCUUGGCGAUAAGUAUUCGGCAGGCGACUUCUUUGAACAGAUUAAACAGAGGGAACAAGGACAGAGUCUGGAUUUGAAGAAGGUGAGAGAGGACUUUGAGAAAGUCGAGCUUUAUAGAAAAGUGCCUCCAUCCUCGAUCAAGGCUUCCUAUAAUCGUAUCACAACGAUGCACUUUCAUCCUUCCGAAACGGAUCGGUUGGUUUCGGCUGGUGAUACUAACGGUAGUCUUGGUCUCUGGUCAGUUGAUGAAACUACAGCAGAUGGAGAGGCUCAGAUCACCAUUCUCAAACCACACGGAAGAUCAAUUUCGAAAAUUACACACAAUCCUGUCAAUGCAGCAGAGCUCUUGACUAGUUCGUAUGAUGGAUCUGUCAGGCUUUUGGAUAUUAAGCAGCUCAAAUCGACAGAAGUGUUGAACAUCGACAUCUCGGACGAUCUUAUUGGAGUGUCAGAUAUCAACAUUCUGCCUGCUGAACCAAACUUGUUGCAAUUGACCACCUUGGAAGGACGCUAUUAUCUGCAUGAUUUAAGACAGCCUUUUAAGAAGAUGAAAGCCAACGACUUUCUUCGUUUGCACGAUAAAAAGAUCGGUGGAUUCACUGUGAAUCCUAACUUGGCCUACCAGAUAGCCACAGCAUCCUUGGAUCGUUCUUUACGCGUCUGGGAUUUACGAAAUGUUUCAAAAUCAAAUUCUUUAUCGGAAAUCGAGAAUGCCAGAACUCCCCAUUUAUAUGGAUCUUACACCAGUCGUCUAUCUGUUUCUACAGUGGACUGGAAUAGUAAUAACCAUUUGGUCUGCAAUGGUUACGAUGACAGGAUCAAGAUCUUUGAUUUCAGUGGAAACAGAAAACCAUACAGCUUUGUUGAAGAAUGGUCAAAGACAUACAGACCAGAAGUAAGCAAGAAGGAUGAUGAUCUCGUCCCUGAUAAUAUCAAACCUUUCAAUUCGAUCGCCCAUAACUGUCAAACCGGUAGAUGGGUAUCCAUCCUCAAAGCCAAAUGGCAGAAAACACCCGCUGACAAGUACCAAAAGUUUGCAAUUGCAAACAUGAACCGAAGCAUAGACGUUUACGACGAAAGUGGAAACAUGAUUGCACACCUUAAUGACGAAGAAAUGACGGCCGUUCCAGCAUCAGUCGCUUUCCACCCAUCCCAAAACUGGGUUGUUGGUGGUACCUCAAGCGGCAAGCUCAAUCUCUUCGCUUAA